AUGAAUGGUGAUGAGAAACUGGAUGGAACUAGACAGAGCAGAAAACUGGGGAAAGGAGAACAGGAGCAAGGAAGCACUAGAGUGAGGUACCAGGACCAAGAUCAGAAUUGGAGCCACGGACCAGUUGCAACCCCUGCCAACAUGUCAGAGUCAAUCAAGAGGAGAAACUCGAGUAAGCAGCUACUGCAAAACCUCAUCAGGGUGACAGCGCAGCGAAGCCAGGAGGAUGCAGAGGAGAUUGAACGAGAGCGAAGAAGGAAAGCCAGGGAGAAGCAGAGAGAAGAAGGGAUCCUCUGUUUCCCAGAGCCCCAGCAACAUGGAAAUAUUACUCACAACGAAGAUUGUACCGGUAUAUGUGACAUCUCCCAGCAGGUGGCAGGCUUGAAUUAUUCUGGGAAUCCUGUAGGUAAUGGGCUUAUUGAGUUUUCUGCAGUUAGUUGCUUUUACCUGAAGGGAAAACAGAACCUAACCGCCCAACACUUUUGCUCUAUUUUUAGGUCUGAUGAGGAGCUGAAACCCUCCUAUUUCGUCCUGGAGGAGGACGAAGGUUUCAGCGACUGGAGCCAGAGGUUGGAAAACCGUAAUGAGCAGUAUGCGCUAGAUAACUUCAGGACGAAGGAAGUGAAACCCACUGCAGCAUCAGUUCCUGGGGACUAUAAGCAUGAACAUAAUGAAGAGGAGGGCAAAGGGGAGCAUGGAGGAAGGGAAACUGAGGACGCUUCAACACAACGUUCAGAAACGAUAUUCAGCUCUAAAACUCCAGCCAGGACAUCAUACAGCUCCUCUGUCUUCCUGUCACAGGAUACAAGGCAACACCUUGCUGCAGGACACUCUGCAGACAGGACGUCAUACCUGGCAGCAGGGACGAUGAAGACACGGAACUUGGACCAAGGUGGUGGACCCAGCAGGCUGGAAGAGGAGCAGAUGAGGAAGGAUGAGGAUAAUGAAGAGAAUGUAAAGCUGACACUGCAGAUGGAGCGACAGAGCUCAAACGAAAAAGUGCAGGAGCAAAAAGAACUGAUCUGCACAGUUGAAGAAAAGGAAGACAUCAGAACAGAACAGGCGCACUGGGCAGCAGAGAAGGAGCAGGAGGAAUAUUAUGCACUGAAAAACAAGAGAUGUGAGGAGAGCCAAAGAAGAUGGAGUGAGGAGAUGUGCAGUGGGCUGGCAGGGUUCAAUGAUGGCGAGGAGCCAUUAAACUGCUACGGCCCCAUGAGUCCCACAUUCAAGAAACUCCUCGUACAGUUCUACCCAGAUGAGGUGAACAGUCGAGUUUCACCAGAUGGAAAAUGUAAGAUAACAGAAAGGACAGAGUCUCUCAGGAGAAGCACCAGCACCAUAAAGAAGACAUUGCCACCUAUAUCUGUUUCUAAAAUCGAUAAAAGACUGGAAGAAUACACACAUGCUCUCGAGGUCGCUUCAAAGGAAGGAAGAUCAAGUUUCCAGGUUCUAGCAGACCUUACAAGCCCCCCUGAACCAGUAGCAUCAAAGAAGAACCUGUUUGAAGCUGGGGAAGCCUGGAACCAAAACAUCAUCUCAGUCACAUCGUGCAAGGAUGCAGAUGGUUUAAAGGUUGGUGUGGCCGAUCUUAUCAACCAGUGGGUAAAAGGAGGCGAAGAUGGUAGCAGGAGCAGCUCACCGUCAAAGACAGCAGAAAACUCCACCAAAAGAUAUAAAUAUGUGGUGACGGGUCACGGCAAAUAUGCAAAAGUUCCAGGUCACGGCUGCAAUGAAGAUCUAAACUGCCAGCUGGACAGUUCAAUGAAGAGUUGUGAAGCAGGUGUUGUUGAAAACUGAACUACAAGCCACAAUCUCUUGACCAUUCUGUCUUUGUUGAGCUAUAGCUUGGAUAAUUAGCUAAAUCACUAUUAUUAUGCUUUGUUUCUGACUGAUCCACUAUCCAGUAUCUGUACUUAUUGUAUCUUUAAAUUCAAUCAAAUAAACCAAAUGAAAAAAAAAAA